UUGUAUUAAAUUGCUCCUCCAGCACCUCCUCUCCUCAUCCUCAUCCUCCAAGCCCUCUGGUCUGUCAGCAGUUCGCUCACUGUCCAAGUCACAAGUCCAUUUUCAGCACACACUGACAACAUGCUGGGGACCCUCUGCUCUCUCGUCGCUGCUCUAACAUGUGUGGGUGGUGUGACAGUGCUGACACAGAAGCCGACUGUUGUGACGGCGAGGACGGGAGAGACAGCCACCAUGGACUGUAACCUGGGGACUGUGACUGCCGGUGCUGCUCGCUGGUACAAACAGAUUCCAGGAGCAGUCCCUCAGUUUGUACUGAGGUUUUAUCGUACUAAUAGUUCUCCAACCUAUGGUUCUGGAUUCUCCUCUCCCAAAUUCACAUCUACUCAUCAGUCGACAUCAGAUUAUCGUUUGAUCAUAAACACUGUGCAGGAGGGAGACUCUGCUGUCUACUACUGUAGCACAUGGGACGACUCUGUCAAAGAACACGUAUUCGGACAAGGCACCAAGCUGAGUGUGACAAGCUCCAGCCUCUCUCCUCCCGUCCUGACAGUCUUCCCUCCGUCCAGUGCUGAGCUCCUGUCCAACAAAGCCUCUCUGGUGUGUCUGUCCAGUCAGUCUGUGCCUUUUGCAGAUGUGACCUGGUUGGUUGGUGGGAGUCCCGUGAGCAGUGGGAUCUCCACCAGCACCGUCGUUCACCAACCGGACCAGACUUUCCAAAUCAGCAGCUAUCUGUCCAUCCAGACGUCCGACUGGAACGCGGAUAAGAUUUACACAUGUAAAGUGUCUUUGGGCUCCCAGACUUCAGAGAAACACAUCAAGAAGUCAGUCUGUAGCACUGGAGAGUAACAGAGGAGCAGAACGACCAUUUGAAACCUGCUUCUCCAGAUCAUUUUAAAGUUUAUAUGUCAGAAGAGAUGUUCCUGCUUGUAAUACGUGUUGUGGAAGUUAGUUGAAGGUGUAUCAGCUUUGCAACUGCUGCAUUCAAUUAAAAUAUUGUUCAAUAAAAAAAAGCAUUUUGUCUUGAAA